CGCCGAGAACUGUUAUGCAGCUCCUCCGAAGCUGCUGUAAAGUACCGUGUCACAUGGCUCUGCGCUGACUUUAGCGAUUAUUCGCGUUAACUCAUGUUUUAUUCGUCUCGAUUAUCGAUUCGUACCGUGCAGUACUGCUCCAGGAUCAGAAUGAGUUCUCCGUAUUUUAGCAGCAGAAGCAAAACCAGCUCCUCCAGCGCAGAUCCCAGAUCUUCAUCCCCUACAGCAGGAGGAGGAGGAGGAGGGGGGAUCAGGAGACUGAAGUCCAGGAUGGUUAAAGAGGUUAAAGAAGGAGUUAAAAAAGAAGAGGAGAAGAAUAUGGUGAAAGAAGAAAAAGAGGAAUAUGGAGUUUCUAAUAACUCAUCUCAGGGGUCUUUACUUCUCCACAGCUCCACAGCAGAAAUGAAAGAAGAGCAAAGGGACGGUCCCACCUCUUUAAAAUCACAGCGAACACAGAGGAGGGGCCACAUAAAAGUGGAGUAUGAGGAGGAGGGGCCUGGAAUAAAGAAAAAUAAAUGGGAGCCACCCGAUUGGAGGAGGCAGCUGUCCUUCAUCAGGGAGAUGAGGAGUGGGCGGGAUGCACCUGUGGAUUAUAUGGGGGCGGAUAAAUGCUAUGACUCACAGGCUUCACCUGAGGUGGUGCGCUACCAGGUGUUGGUAUCUCUGAUGUUGUCCAGUCAGACGAAGGACCAGGUGACGUCUGCAGCGAUGACCCGUCUGCGCAAACAUGGCCUCAGCAUAGAAUCCAUACUCAGAACGGAUGACGACAGGCUCGGCAAACUGAUCUACCCUGUGGGCUUUUGGAAGACGAAGGUGAAGUACAUUAAGAAAGCAACAGAGAUGAUCCAGCAGGAAUUUGGUGGAGAUAUCCCAAACACAGUGGAGGGUCUGGUGCGUCUACCUGGUGUAGGCCCCAAGAUGGCCCACCUCGCCAUGGCCAUCGCUUGGAACCAGGUCUCUGGCAUCGGAGUGGACACACAUGUCCAUCGUAUCUCUAACAGACUGGGAUGGACUCGCUCUAAAACCAAGAACCCAGAGGAGACCAGAAAGGCACUAGAGGACUGGUUACCAAGAGAUCUUUGGCAGGAGAUCAACUUACUUUUGGUUGGCUUUGGGCAGCAGGUGUGCCUACCUGUCGGACCAUUAUGCUCCACCUGUCUAAACCAGCACUCCUGUCCCUCCGCCCACCUCACCUCCCCCAAAAAAAGACCCAAACCUGGCUCUUCACACUUACCUGAGAAUCCCAAGAUUAAACCGGAGAAUUCAAGCAGACAGAUCAAGGAAGAACCCGUCAAUGUUCCUCUUGGAUCAUCCCGAUCCCAAAGAAGAGGCUUCAAGGACGACAUGGAAGCACCUGUACAGAGAAAAGAACUUAAAGAGGAACUGAUAGAGGAAGAAGAAGGGAAUAGUAAAAGGAAGACAAGAGGAAGAGCAGUUAAAGAAGUUAAAGAAGAGGAGAAAGUUGAACCUGUAUCUUCCUGUCCUAGACUAAGAAGAAGAGCACAUAAUCGCUAAUUAUUUACUAAUCAAAUCAUCUACUACAGUUUUUAUUCUAUGAAAAUAAAAAAAAGUUUGAUCAGCCAUAACAUUAAAAACCCACAUUGAACAUAAACUACUCAAAUCCACUGAAAGCAUGGACUCCACAAGAUUCUUCCAGUCCUGUAAGUUAUUAGGUGGGAAUUCCAUGAGCAUCAAUGAUCCAAGGAGUUGUCCUCCCUUGAAAUGGAGCACCUUUGGUAACUUCUAACUAUAGCAUAAAAGCAACACUCUACAAGACCUGCCUGAUGUUUUGGAGAUAUUUUGACUCAUCUAGUCAUUAUAAGUUGGCCUUUGGUCCGAGCAGCUUAGAUUUUUAUGCUUGCUUUGUUUGCUUGCUAUCUGAAAUAUACAGGGGUUGGAGAAUGAAACUGAAACACCUGUCAUUUUAGUUUGGGAGGUUUCAUGGCUAAAUUGGAGCAGCCUGGUGUUCAAUCUUCAUUAAUUGCACAUUGCACCAGUAAAAGCAGAGUGUGAAGGUUCAAUUAGCAGGGUAAGAGCACAGUUCUGCUCUAAAUAUUGCAAUGCACACAACAUUAUGGGUGACAUACCAGAGUUCAAAAGAGGACAAAUUGUUGGUGCACGUCUUGCUGCCGCAUCUGUGACCAAGACAGCAAGUCUUUGUGAUGUAUCAAGAACCACGGUAUCCAGGGUAAUGUCAGCGUACCACCAAGAAGGACCAACCACAUCCAACAGGAUUAACUGUGGACGCUGUAAGAGGAAGCUGUCUGAAAGGGAUGUUCGGGUGCUAACCCGGAUUGCAUCCAAAAAACAUAA